AUGGCGAAAGCAUUAAAAGUCAUCAACCUGCUCGUCCAGCUCUCAAUACGUUUGCAGGAGUUUGGCUCUGGACCUGACAUGGAUGCUGCCCAAUCAAACAACUUUAUGGGACUGCCUUCACAGGAAGCGAUACGUGAAUCCAAAAGGACAAGGUCAGUGAUGACUGCCUUCAACGCUAUAGACCUUAUUGAGAUGGUGCGAACGCGUACAAUUACAGACUGGGUGUCGCAGGAUCGAGGGAUCUCCCGAAGUUAUCUCGAGAUCACACGCAAGAUUCAAACCUGGGAGCACCGCAGACAUAUGCAGCAGGAGCUGAACACGGCCGAGAGACAAAUUCUUGAUCUUCUAAAUUCAGAAGUUGAGGAUCUUGUGAAAACAGAAGGAAUGCUCGAAGCAGAAAUCUCCUUUCAAGCGGACGCACAACCAUCGCGCAGCCUGAACACCUUUCUCACCUCCAUUCAAGAAGGGGACUUAGUCAUAUAUACAAGUGUCUCGGAUGAUGGUCUUGCUGUCUUCGCGUUGGACAUGGACGGAAUCAAGCACGUUUCAAGGAACGCUGAUGCCAGUGCUCCUCAAAUUAACAUGCGUGUGGCGGACCACUUGGACAGCAUAGCCUGGUCCAAGGGACAAAAUCUUUCUCAACGAACAAGGGGCCUAGGCGAAACGCUUGCUUCCUGGCUCAUUGACCCAAUUCUCAAUUACCUGGAACGGCAAAUUCUCGUGACAACAUUGAUUCAUCUGAACUUGAACCACUACCGAAGACUACCUAGAGUUACCUCGUCGACCGGCCGAUUUUGUACUGUUGUGGCAAAACCUGGGAGCACACGUGAGGCGAGAAAGCCAGAUGGGGAGCCAGAAUUACGUAUGGCUGGUAUCGAGGCGGCCAUGAUUUCGCAUCUCUACCAGACAAAAGCAUUGCGGGCAGCAAAUAUGUCGCGCGAUGAUUUUCGAGAUCAUCUAAGCAGUUCCGCAAUCUUCCAUAUUGUGACUCAUGGUCAUCUCAAUGCAGAUCAUCCUCUCAGAUCUUGUAUCUCGCUGAAAGAGAAGGGGCGCAUCCUGGGCGUCACAGGAAUUGAUGCCAAACCUAUGCUGGCAGUCUUCAGUGUCUGCCUGACAGGUCUGGGAGAAGCGAGUGACAGCGGCGAUAUGCUUGAAUUUUCCAUUCACUUCCUCCGGCAGGAACAACGGGUUUCAUUGGUGCGCUGUGGAAUGCAAAUGAUGUGGGCUGCAAUGAUACAUAUGGAUCUGUUCCACCAGGAAAUAUUGAGCGCGACGAUUUCAACAGUAGGAAACUGUUGGCAGAGGGCAACUAAAGCCCUUUACAACAUGCCUCUAGAUAAGGUCAUUGUGCUUCUGUCCGGUUGGAUCGAGCUCUGGGACAAGGUUCAAAAAGAGCUCGGAUAUUAG